AUGCCCCUCUCGGGCGGGAGGAAAGGGCAGAGCCGAGGAGACAAGCGCGGCAAGUGGCGCACGAACCAGCCCGCGCCGCCGCAGCCGAAAGCGGGUGGGGGUCCUUCUUUCAGCGGGCGCCCGGGGCGGGCGCGUCGUGAGGCCCGGCCGGUUGCGCUCUGUGGCCCGUCGGGCCUCGACCCUGGCCACCCGGAGGCCCAUCCAUGGAGAAAGAUGCAUAACGAAUGGGCCCAGACGGGCAGGGAAGGAUAA